CCUUGCUGGCCAUCGUCCUCUUCUCUUCUCCCACCCAGAUAUCCACCAGCCAGCCUCUCUCGCGGGCAACACCAUCACCUCUUCCCUCCUCCUCCUCCUCUUCACGUAAUGCGCAAUGGGCCUCCCUCUAUGGCGCUCUCCUUCUCCCCAGCCCUAUGAGCCCGUGCUCUCCCGCGACCCCUUCAAAUGUCGCCGCCGCGAGCUCGGCUCCCGCAUCGAGCGGCCGCGCCAGCGCAGUAUCCUCCCCGCAGGCUCUGUCCGCCGCUUCAUAGAGACCCACGGCAUCUCCUCCUCCUCCUCCUCCUCCUCCUUCACUUCUUCCUCUGCAGACCACAUCCACAGCACUUGGCGUACGCGCGACUCGCAGCCUGAAUCUGCUGCUGCCGCUGUCGCUGCCGCUGCCGAAGUUGAUCCUGACCCGUUCGAGUUUCUCUCCGCAGCUUCCUCACCUUCCUCUCCCCGUCAUGCCGAGCCCGAAACCGAAGGCUCUCGUUUGGCCAGCAGCAUCAACCGUCGCAGCAUGCUCAGCUUUCUGCAUUUCCCCGACGAAGACGGCGACGAGGACGACGAGGACGAAGCAGACAACGACGACGUCAACAUGGACGACGACGCCCUCUCUUCAAGAAGACGGUCGCGCUACGAUAUCAACUCCGCACUCGAAAGACUAGAGCCACGGUCACGACGUGAUGUUGACGACGACUCGGCGUCCUCAUCGCUUGUUCCUAGCGCUUGGUACAGAUACUACGUGCCGAGAUUAUUAGACGACGGUCCGUUGACAAACGACGACCGUGGCGAGACAGACCAUGGUCAUACCAUGCCAGACGAUGACGCCCAUGACUUUCCCAGCACUCCCUCCUCCUCGUCGCAGCCAUCCUCAAGCGAAUCCUUCCUAACCCUGUUCAACAACCGCUACUCCUCUACCUCCUCCACCUCAUCUCGUCACGCAUCAGUACUCGCAUCCACGCGCGAUUCAGCCCUCCAGCGCCGUCGCCGCCGACGAAUACCUCUCCCGCCCUUCCACCCCCAUCGCUCGCAGUCUCCGCCCCAGCUCCCCUCGUCAUCGCUCACAUCAACACUUUCAUCCUCUCUCGCGACCUCGGACUCGUCCGCACCCGGUCCCUCCUCCUCCUCAUCACAUCUCUCUUUACCUUCCGCGCAGCACACAGACGGUCUGCGUCGCCAAUACCUGCGCCGCCAGCGCUCGCGAUUCUUACGGGUACAUCAGAAUAGCAUGCUCAACCUGUCAAACGGUGAUAACGCUGCAACGUCGACAUCCGCAGCGGCAGCCGAAGAAAACGAGCACGAGCGCGGGUUACGACUGCUAAUGGCCGCGCGAAGGCAGGAAGUGCGUGAACGACUACACUCUCAGCAGCAGCCCUCCUCCUCCUCACAACCAACCGAGCAGCAGCCCGAGGAGCACGAGCACGAGAGCGAGCUGUGGAGACUCUUGGAAGUACGCUCGGAGCGCCAAUUGCGCGACCAGAACACACAUCUGGAACUACAAGCCCGUCGACUACUGCUACGGAGUCUACAGGUCGACCCGACAAACCCUGACCGGCGAGAUGAGAGCGAAGGAUCGGAGACCGAGCGCGAGAGAGAACGGCAGCAGCGCUCGGCGGUCGAUCUGGCGGAUACGUACUCAGGCACGCUUUUGCCAAACUCGUCGUCGGCUUCGCGGCAUCGGCAUAGGCUCUUUCGUCUUGGUGCCGCGUCUCGUAGUGGCUCGCUAGCAGCUCCGCAGGUUCCCAGAUCUGAGGAGCACCCGUUGAUCUUUCCACGACCGGCAUCUACGGACCCCAGUGGUUCUAAUGAGCCGCCUUUGCGCAGAAUGAGAGGAUCCCCUCCGCUUUUUAAUGAAUCUACAUCCUCUGCUCCUGCCUCUUCAUCAUCCUCGUCCACACUACGCAGGAUAAUCCAGGGCUCGAUGCAUAGGCGGAGCUUGACGGACGGUCUUGGAGAUCGCGAUCGCAGUCCGGUUUUCGAUCACGACGACAACGACGGAACCAGUCAGAAUUUAUCUACUGCCGCCUCAUCAGCUGCUCUUGAUAACGCGCGCGACAGCAGUAGCAGCAGUAGUAGUGCUGUUACGGCAUCGGCAGUUGCAUCCACGGUCGCUGACGAAUCGUCUUCGGUAGCGUGCGAGGUUGGCGAUGACUUUCUGAGCAUCGAGGCGUUGGCGGAGACGCGGUGAGAGAUCAUUUAAUAAGGUCAUUUGUGUUCAAUGUAAUUACUUGUACGGGGUUUCAAAAUAAAUACUGUGUAUCUCUUACGUAUCAAUGGCGUCGGUUUGCUUAGGUUUGGGAGAAACUGCUCUUUUCGCUGGCUGUAUGUAA